UUCUUUCGUAAAGCCAUUGCGCAACAAAUGCUUGGCCAUUUUUCAGACGCUUUAGAAACAUUCGCAAGCGGGUUAGUAUUGGAACCUCGUAAUGAUCAAUUAUUAAAUGGAUUAAAAAUGGUAUCUCUCCAGUGGUCAUGGAAGGAGAAAUUACGUCCAAUAUGGAAACAACUUGAGAAAACUAAAUUAGACAAAAACGCUUUCGUUGUCAUUUCUGUUCUCGGUCAAGAACUAUUGACAGCUGGACUAACGAAAAGUGCUAUAGCUGUUUUAGAAUCAGCAUUAAAAAUUGAUUCUCAAAGUCUUAGGUUACGUGGCUCUGUAUAUUCAGCUCUUAGUACCGCAUAUUGGCGCUUAGGUGAUACCGAUCGAGCUAUUCACUUUAUGAAUGAAGAUCUUCAAGUUGCUAAACAACUAGAAGAUGUUGACGGUGAAUGCCGGGCUGUCGGAAAUCUAGGAAAUGCUUUGUUUGCUAAGCACCGUAGUCAAGACGCGUUAACACACCUUCGUGAACAACUAAAAUUAUCUAUGAGGAGAAAAGAUCGCUCUAGUGCUGCAGUCGCAUUAAGUAGUCUUGGGCAUGUAUACUCUGCUCUUGGUGACAUUAAGAAUGCAAUGGCAAGUCAUAAGCAAUGCCUUACCAUUGUUUGCCAAUUAAAUGAUAGAAAAAAAGAAGGUCAGGAAUUAGGGAGCCUUGGUUCUAUUUACCUUUGUAUGGGAAAUUGGCAAAGUGCAAUGGAAUGUCAUCAAAAGCACCUUGACAUUGCUCUAGAGUUAGAAGACAAACAGGAAGAAGCUAAAGUUUAUAGCAACCUCGGUAGUUUGCAUCAAGCCAAGCGAGAUUAUGCUAAAGCGGCUGAAUAUCAUCAGGAGGUAUUAAAAAUAGGUAAAGACUUACAUGACUUAUUAAUACAAGCGAGAGGAUUAGCGUGCCUCGGUCAUAUCAAUAGAGUAACUAAUAAUCUAAAGCAAGCUCGAUUAUAUCACGAGCAACAGUUACAACUAACUACCGAAGCCAAUGACUCAAUCGGUAAAAGUAGAGCUUGUUCAAAUUUAGGGAUAGUAUUGUAUCUGCUUGGUGAAUAUCAAGAAGCUCUUAAAUUACACAAUACUCACUUAGAAAAAGCCAAUCAAACUGAGGAUUUAGCUGAACAAUGCCUUGCCUAUGGUAAUAUUGGCAACGUUUAUUACUCAUUAGGAAGUUACGAUGAGGCAGUUCGUUAUCAUAAGCAAGCACUCUUAGCUUCAAAAAAUACAAGUGAUUACGUUGCAGAAUGUAGUACUCAUGGUAAUUUAGCAAUUGUUUAUCAAGCCAUGCAUCAAUUAGAAAAAGCAGAAAGCCAUUAUAGAUUGCAUCUUAGUAUGGCCCAAGAAUUUAAUGAUGAAAAUAAUGAACUCCGAGCUUUGAAUAACCUAGGGAAUUUUUAUUGCUUCUUACACGAUUAUAGCCAAGCGAUACCAUACUAUGAGAAUUAUUUGACAUUAUGUAUUGACGUAGGCGAUACUGAUGGUGAAGAAAGAGCUUAUCAUUGUUUGGGAUAUGUAUACUAUUGCCUAAAUAAUUAUCAAGAAGCUAUUAAAUACUUUCGUAAAGAUCUAGAAUUUACAAAGUCUACUAAUAACAAAAAUUUCAUCGGUCGUGCUUAUUGCAACUUAGGUUGUGCUUAUAAAAUGACUGGAAAUUUUCAAGCAGCUUUAUCGUGUAUGAACGAAUAUGUUUCUAUCGCUUCUGAAGUGAAAUCUGCUAGUUUACUUUUCAGCGCUUAUGGCCAUGUUGGAGAUGUGUAUCUUGCCCUAGGUAGUCAAAAUCAGGCAAUCCAGUUUUUCGAUAAGCAGUUAAAGUUUGCAAAAGUGUUGAAAGACAAAUCCAUGGAAGCUAACGCAUAUCAAUCUCUUGGAAGUGCUUAUCGAAUUUUCAAUUGCUAUAAUGAAGCGCUUGAAAAUUAUACUCACGAACGCAGAAUUUUCGAGGAGUUAAAUGAUACUAGAGGAAUCAUUUGUGCAUAUGGUCAUAUAGGCUUAACCUAUACAGCUCUAGGUCAAUUCGAAAAAGCAAUAGACUGCCAUAAACAACAGUUGGUACAUGCUGAAGAUACUGUAAAAGAUGGAAAACUCGCUGGUCUAGCUCAUGGUAGAAUUGGUGUAAAUUAUCGACUUUUAGGAUGCCUAGAUGACGCUUUGGACCAUCAUCUCAAACAGUUAUCAUUAAUUGAUGCCUUACGUGGCAAUAUAACACAUAAAUGCCGAUCAUAUUGCGAUUUAGGAGAUACUUAUGAAGCGCUUAAGAGAUUUAAAGAUGCCAGCGACUGCUUUGACAACUUACUAUCUUUAGCACAAAUAAGUGACAGAAAGCAUGAACAAGAGCAAGGUUACUUUGGUAUUGGUAGAUGUAGUAAGGCACUAGGCAACCUACAACAAGCAUUGAUAUAUUUUGAAAAACGUCUGGCUAUUUCUCGAGAUCUUCCUAACCGAAUAAUGGGUUCAGCAUAUAAAGAACUUGGCUAUUUACAUUGUCAAAUGGGAAACUACGAACAGGCACGUGAUUACUUUAAUGAGCAAAUGAGUAUUGCAAAUUCAGGUGAGGAUAAGCAAGGAAUAUGCGAUGCUUCUAGCGGCCUUGGCCAAGUGUAUCAAAAGAUGGGAAACUUCCAGGAUUCGUUAUAUUAUCAUGAAAAGGACUUUGCUAUUUCAAAUGAGAUAAAUUUUCAAUUUGGACAACUUCGAGCUUUGGGAGAAAUAGGAAAUGUAUACGAAACAAUUGGAAACCUAGACCAAGCAAUAGUAUACCAAGAGCAACGCCUUAAUCUUGCUGAUACCAUUCAAAAUACCACGGCCAGUUGCAAAGCUCUCAGUUCUUUAGGUCGAAUUCAUCAUGCCCUUGGCGACUAUGGUAAAUCAGUAGAGUAUUCAAAAAGAGCGUUGCAAAUCGCUAUGGACAUUAAUUCUCUUGAAGAUCAAGCAAAAAUCCAUCAUCGGCUAGGCCUUUCAUUAUGGAUGCUUGGUGAAGUAGCUCCUGCCGAAACUGCACUAUAUGAUGCCUUAAGCAUAUUUGAGUCAUUGAAAUCAGAUAUGAUUGCACGUGAUAAUUACCAAUUCUCAAUUAUUGAUUUACACAUUGCCUGUUGUCAGGCUUUGCAACGUGUUCUGAUCAGUGUUAAUAAGUAUGAAGAAGCCCUAGUAAUUGCUGAACGAGGACGCUCUCAGACUUUCAUAGAUAUCUUACUAAAGAAACAGCGAGAUAAUAGUACAAAUCGUGUCAACAAUAACAGCUCAUCCAUCAGUUUAGAACUUAUUUAUACAUUCGUCGAUAAGCGAAAAGUACCAGUUUUAUACUAUUCCAUUGCUCUAGGACACUUAUAUGUAUGGGUUUUAAAGCCCAACGAAGGUGUUGUCAAAUUUCAAGAAUGCUUGGUAGACGAUACAGAAGCUACCGACCCUAUCGAUCCAGAAAGUAGCAUAGGCUCUAUUAGUAUGACUUGUACAUUACCUGUAAUUGAUCAGUAUGUCACCAACAUGAGGCAGGCUCUUGGCGUAGAAUUACAUCAACGAUCUACAGCUAGUAGCAUGCAUUCAUUGAUUGCUAUGCACAGUAGUAGUGCUUCAGAAUGGGAAACUGAUAGUGAAAUGUUAGGGAGAAGUUUCGAAGAAUUACAUCGAGGUAUCGAUAAUUAUUUGAGCUCUACUGAAGACGAAUCUCGUCCUUAUGCACUUGGUGUUAAUAGACGUGGUAGUACUGCAAGUGCAAACAAUCAAUAUAGUAAAAAGCGGAGUACCUUAAAUCGUCAACCGUUACGAGCCUUAUACGAUCUAUUAAUUACACCGAUUGAGGAUGCUUUACCAACUAAUCCAUCAAAUAAGGAAUUGAUGCUUAUAUUGCAAGGAGAUCUAUUUCUGGUACCCUUCAGUUUACUGAAAGGAACAAUCAAUAAAGAAUAUCUAUACUCACGGUUUAGCCUAACUGUACUACCAUCGUUAAUGGCCAUGAGUAACAUUCAAGAUGAUUACAAUCAUUCUUUAAUCUUAUCUCCCGACAAUGUACCAGCCCUCCUUGUAGGUAGUGCUGCUAUUCCGAGCUACUGCGAGUUACCUAAUGGAAGUGAUGUAGAAAUAAAAUGUGUUUCAUCGAUAAUAAGUCGGAGACCCCUAAUAGGCAGAAUGGCCACCAAGGACUAUGUACUCCGAAAUUUAGCGGCCGCGGAAUGCAUUCACUUUAAUGUUCACGUAUCAUGGAAGCUUUCGGCUAUAAUUUUAUCAUCAGAUGAACUAAAUAUACCUACUGACGAUGAGUCGGUUUAUAGCGAUGGUUCGGAUAUAGCACCAGCACCAAUGCAAUUUCUUUUAACUCCAGCUGAUAUUCUUAGUUUAAAAUUAAAUGCUAAAGUAGUCACCAUAAGCCCAUAUUCUAAUCCGAGCGGCACUAAUGGUGGUAGAAUUACUUCUGAUAGUAUCCUAGCUUUAUCACGUGCUUUUCUUGAGGCGGGAGCGAUUUCUGUAUUAGUGUCUUUGUGGCCAGUACAAGAAGACGUGUCGAUAAUAUUCUUUCGAUGCUUUUAUCAGUGUUUGACUCAUGGCAUGACUGUAAAUCAGUCAUUAACUCAAGCCAUGUCUGUAGUAAGACAUACCAAGAAAUUAUCUCAUCCAUCUUAUUGGGCCGGUUACUUACUUCUUGGUGACGGAACUAACGCAGUUUUUAGUAAUAAAUCAUCUUUACUAGCUUUUUCUCUUGGUAAAAUUUUAUCGGAACCUAGAGAAUGUCGUGAGCCGCUAAAGGUUAUUUUGCAUUUGAUUAAAAAGGCGUAUCAGCGGAUUAAGAUAGGACAAAAUUCAAACAUGUACACAUCUCAAGAUAGUAUUGGAAAAAAAGUACAAUGGAUAAAUGGUUGGAAAGAAAUUUUACUUUCGGUUGGAUUUCGUCUUGAGCCUGAAAAUAAAAAUUUGCCUGCAUCUGUAUUUUUUCCCAAUGAUGAUUACUACAAUAGAAUUUCCUUAUCAAUUGAAUGCCUGCAUGCACUUUUAGGUUUAAAUUCUCGCUCUUUAUUGAGUAUAUCUCAAUUAUUAAAAAAUCCUAGUCACGUUGCCCCGUUACUAAAUGUGGUAUGUAGAAUCAAUGACUUUAUUAAUCAAAAUCCUGGCGAAGCUGGUGCAGUAACGAAAUUCACAUUGAACGGCCGUUCGUGGCAUAGUCCUGGUUGUCAUGAACUGUUAGCAGGCCUUGGUUUCGAUAUGCUAAGUAUCAGUAAAGAAAGCGUCGUUUUAUCAUCCAGAAACGUUAAGAAUAUGAGAUUCGUUCAAAGUACUAGAAAAGCUCUUAACUUAUUAUUUGGUACGUUCUUCUGUUGCACCUAG